UCGAUUAAAAAAACCUUUUUCUAGCUAGGGGUGGUAAAGAUCGGAUAGUGUAGAACUUGCAUGAGUAAUUUUCACAUGACCUCUUGUAAGAAAUACCUUUGUCCUUGUGAUUUGAAGCGUUUGCCUUCGCCUCGCUUAUCCACUUUCGCACAGGAACAUGGUUAAUAUGAGUGAGUAGCUUAACACCCUGCAAAUGUGCUUCGUCUAAACUCCUCACAAUUUUAAACAUACGCACGCAGAUAUAGAUAGAGAAAACAGAAGAAGGGCAGGAGGAGGAGCGCUUUCUCUUCCUUUCCUUGCUUUCCAGACUCUGCAAAUCAUAACAACAAGUUUUCAGUCAUUUCCUUCUCAACACAAACCCUCUGUUUUCAGGUACGACUAUAUGUUCCAGUGAAGAUGAUAAAAAGAGUUGCAACAAGGUCUAGCAUGGUGCUGGUACACUAUUAUACAUGGUAGAUAAAGGUUUAAAUCUUGUAAUUGUGAAAAAUGGAGUUGUCUUUGCCUUCCUCAUUGCAAAGGAAUUGGCCCAUCAGUUCUCUCAAUUCCAGCUUCCUUCCUCACUAUCCUCCUUGCUUAUUAGGUAUGGUCAAGAAGAAUUGUAAAAUCAACAAGAUCUCACAAAAUAUCUCUUUUUCAAUAUCGUGCUCAUCUGUCAAAACUGUCCGUUGUCCUUCACUGGACAGACAUGUCGUGAAGCAGAACAAGAUACGUUUUGUCCAAAAGCUACAAACACUGCUCCUUUCUAAACCAAAAUGCUAUAUUCCAAUUCAUAUUCUUUAUAAAUGUCGAUCCUAUCUUUCCCUAUCAAAGCCACGGUCCAUCCUCUCAAUGAUCCAUCGUUACCCUACCAUUUUCGAACUCUUCUCAAUCCCAACACCUCCCUUGCCAGUCAACGCAACCAAGUCAUUAUUACAACUCUGUGUCCGUCUAACCCCAGCUGCAGCAGCCCUUGCUGCUCAGGAAUUAAGUCUUAAAUCAGCCAUCUCUGACUCUUUGGCCGCCAAACUCCAGAAACUUCUUAUGCUCUCGUCUCAUCACCGGCUACUUCUGUCAAAGUUGGUUCAUCUAGCUCCAGAUCUUGGUCUUCCCCCUAAUUUCCGCUCUCGUUUAUGCAAUGACCAUCCAAAUAAAUCAAGACUAUGACACUCCUAUGGCCGUGCACUUGAGCUUGUCUCCUGGGACCAAGACUUGGCAAAGCCUUUAUCAUCUCCUAAAGUUCAAUCGCGUGAGCUAAUAGUAGACAGACCUUUGAAGUUUAACCAGUUGACACUUCGAAAGGGGCUAAAUUUGAAGAGGCGUCACCAAGAUUUUUUGCUCAAGUUUAAAGAAAUUCCAGAUGUGUGCCCGUACAAUACCCCUGUCUCGGACUUGCCUAAAGAGUCAAUUGGGGCAGAGAAGAGAGCUUGUUUGGUGGUGAGAGAAGUGCUAGGAAUGAUGGUUGAAAAGAGGACUUUGAUAGACCACUUGACUCAUUUUAGGAAAGAGUUUGUGCUGCCAAACAAAUUGAGAGGGAUGAUCAUGCGGCACCCAGAGUUAUUCUACGUGAGCUUGAAAGGGCAGAGAGAUUCUGUGUUCUUGGUGGAGGGUUUUGAUGAUAAGGGUGCGCUGUUGGAGAAGAAAGAGACUUUGGUGAUAAAGGAAAAGUUGAUGGAGUUGGUCAGUGAAAGCAAGAGACUAAGAAGAGAGAGGAGGAACGCUCGCAUUAACAACACUGAGAUUGGUGACGCUAGUGAUGAGUUUGAGUAUGAUGACAAUGAUGAUGAUUAUGAUGAUGGUUUUCAGAGUUUGUUUGAGUCUGAAGAUUUGUAUUUGGAUGAUGAUGGUGAUGAGAAGGUUGAGACAGUGGACUACAGGGAGAAUGGGCAGUUUUGGACUGUUGAUGCUCAUUCUGUUCUUGGUGGCUGGAAGCAACCUAUGGAACCUUGGUAGCUGAGAAUGUCAAAAAUGUACAUAUCUUACCUGAAAAUAAUCAAAGUGGUGAGGUUAUUAUUUUUGCAGUUAUAUGAAUGCAUGUAAAGAUGAAGUAUUACAAUAUAUCUACAUAUAUAUUAAGCAAAAUGACCCUUAACUUCAAGGUUAAAUUUUCAAAAAUACCUUGGUUAUCAUCAGUUGAAAAAAAUACUAAAGACAUAACAACUUCAUUUUCAAAUAGUAUAAUGGUAAAAAUCAAUUUAUUAAAUAGAAAAUUUUCAGAAGAAAAAUCUGACGAGAAACCAUUAUUUCCUAGUUGGGCUAAACAUUGCAGGGUUCCUGUGCACCCUGUCUUUUUGGAUCAAAGGAAGGCUCUGUUUUUUAUUAUUUUGUGAAGUUUCGGAACACCUUUGAACUAUAAUUGCUUCACCGAUGGUAUAACCCUAAUUCUUUCCAGUGCAUUUAAUUAUUGUCGUUGCUGAAAUGGAGCAUUUUUGGUGGAUCACUCUAGAGUUGGUUGUAUCCCUAGUUUAUGCUCCUAAACUGAGGAAUUGGCUUCCGAUGACUACAUAGUACAAGACCUACUGUGUGGACAGAUACGGGUCAAACAUUUAUCAGAUGGUGGCAGAUCAUGGAGGUAAUCACAUAAUUGUAAUAUGCUUGUUAAAUUCUCAAGUCGAAAGUUGAAUUAUUUGAUUUCUUUUACAUAUUACCGUAUCGCUUGUCCUGUUGACUCGGCUUUUCUUAGUGACAAGUUAAGUUCAUGUUCAAGGGGGACCUUUAAAUUCUGUGAUUGGCAUGUAGAGUAGGUUUAAUGGAGAAGAUGGGGAGCAAUGUGGGGUGGAGCAGCUAGCCCUGCAGCAAUAUGCUGGGGAAGGAGUAUGGCAGGGUGUUCAUGUAGAGAGUGGCAUUUGAUUCACUAUUUUUGGCCUUCUUAAGUGGGAUGUUAUAUUUUCUGAUAUACCAAAUGUCUUCUGCACCAGAUUUCAGUUUAGUGACUUUAGAGUUUGCUCAGUAGCAAUGCUUUCUCGAUCGAUGUGAGUUAUAUUACUCUUGUUGAAGUGAGGGCAUGAAGCAAAAUAAGGUGUUUGGUUUAUGCUAAAAGAGUACUUUAGGAUACAAGUUUAUGAGUUCAAUGACAAGGCUGAUAUGAAGUUUGUCGAACAGGAAGAUAAAUAAAGAAGACUGAGAAAGGUGUGAAAAGGGCCAUAAGAUUUGAAGAAGAAAAUAGGAGAACAAAGGAGGCAAAGGUCUUCUCAUCAAUACACACGACUCUGCUCAUCAAUCGAUUUGGUAAAAAAUGAAAUCCUAUGUUGCAGAUCGCUCCCCUGGAUUUAGAUACUGACAGAUUUAUGUAGUGAAAAAGAGCCUUAUUUUGAUGGCAUGGCUGAGGAGAUCCUCAUCACUUCAUGGGAAUUUCAUGAGGGAAUAGCAUGUAGUGUAGUUGAUUGUGGCCGGCGUUUGCUUCUACAAUUAGAAGAUAAAUAUUUGCUUAAUGCAGCUUUCACCUUUGAAGAUGGUUGUGUACCAUCUAAAGUAGUUGAUUAAGAAUAUUGAGUAGUUCAUAGUUGAUUUUUCUUAGGUUGGAUAACAAUUAAAGUUGUAUGUGUGUGUCUCCAUGUCUUCAAACCUUUAGUUAGAAACGGCCAUAUUCUCUUAUAUUCCAGGGGAUAAUUUUCCUGAAACUUGUAUGAACUGGUGUACAAUGUUGGCAUGUUUGGGAGUGCUUCUGGAAA